AUGUACACAAGUGCCGUUUUUGUACCGUGUAAUGGACAACACAUUAGUUUUCAACACCCAGCUGGGUACCGUGCUAUUAAUAGUGAAAAUACAGAAAAUAAUAUAACCAACAAACGUAUGGAACGUAAGGAGUUGACAUUGAGUUUCCAUAACUUAAUCAAACGAGAUGAGCAGCUCUAUAGUUAUACAAACUACGGGAUGGACAGCCCGACACCGACUACGACACCUGGUGACUGUAUACCAGGACUAUUUCAACAAUUAGACUCCUUGAACCCUACACUCGACUCCGAGUUUGAUGAAAGCCUCGCUAUACCUGAAUCACUGUCGAUGAUAGACACUGAUAAAAUCGACAAUAGAGAAAAUGGAGCUGGUGUAUCACAAGAAAAAUCAGUGCCAUUCAGAGCGAUCCACAACCCUCCAAUAAAGUUCAACUCGGUUCACAGGAAAGUGUUUAUUCCGGGCGUGGAAAUAAAGGUCAGAUUUAUUGAAAAUGAAAGAAGCGUUACAACACAUCUCCUAAAUCCUAAUCUAUACACAAUAUCCCUUCAACAUGGCGAGUUCAAUUGGACCAUCAAGAAACGUUACAAGCACGUACUGUACCUCCACCAACAACUCACUCUCUAUAGAGCAUCACUUGAUAUUCCUUUCCCCACAAAAACGCAUAAGACCAGGCGAGCAAGCUUCAAGAAUACCGUCAACACUGAAGAGAAGGCGGAAAGGGUAGCACUACAAGCACUUCCGAGGAGUAACUCUAAAAGGAGAGAAGGAAGACCUAGGAAAAGAAAAGGUGCUUUACCGAGAUUUCCUAAGAGACCCGAGGUGAUGGUAACGUACGAGGGUAUCCAGCUAAGGAUGAAACAAUUAGAAGAAUAUUUAUACAACCUACUUAACAUUACAAUAUACAGGAAUCAUCAUGAAACUGUGAAAUUCUUAGAAGUAUCGACGCUAUCGUUUAUAUCGGACCUGGGCAGCAAGGGCAAGGAAGGCAUGAUACUGAAGCGGACAGGCUCCACGCAGCCCGGCCAGGCCGGCUGCAACUGCUUCGGAAUGCUCGGGAACAUGGUCUGUGUGAGAUGUAACUAUUUCUGUACGGGUUUAGUGUGUGCCAAGUGGCAGGAAAGGUGGUUCUUCGUGAAGGACACCUUCUUCGGGUACAUACGGCCGAGAGACGGAGUCAUUAAGGCCAUCAUGCUAUUUGACCAGGGGUUUGAAGUAUCCAGUGGCAUGUAUUCGACGGGUUUGAACCAUGGAUUACAAAUACUUAACCUGAGCAGACAAAUGGUGAUCAAAUGCUGGACAAAGCGCAAGAGUAAAGAGUGGAUGCAUUACCUCAAAACUGUAGCUAACCAGAGUUCGCGAGACUUCACGGGAGUGAACCUGCACCACUCGUUCGCGCCGUGCCGCGCGGCGCAGGCGGCGGGCGCGCUGGUGGACGGCGCCGCCUACCUCAGGGCCGUGGCCGACGCCAUGGAGCUGGCGCGAGAGGAGAUCUUCAUCGCCGACUGGUGGCUCAGCCCAGAGAUCUACAUGAAGCGGCCCGCGCUCAACGGGAACUAUUGGCGGCUCGACAUGAUCUUGAGGAGGAAGGCGGCACAAGGAGUUAAAAUAUUCAUAAUGUUAUACAAAGAGGUGGAGAUGGCGCUCGGAAUCAACAGCUUCUACAGCAAAAGUAAAUUAUCAAGCGAAAAUAUUAAGGUAUUCCGUCACCCAGACCAUGCCAAGGGAGGCGUAUUAUUUUGGGCUCACCACGAGAAAAUAGUGUGCAUAGACCAAACGGUCGCAUUCCUCGGUGGUAUAGAUCUGUGCUACGGACGCUGGGACGAUCAUAAACACAGACUCACAGACCUCGGCAACAUAUCUGACACGAAGUCCUCUGUGAGGACCAAAAUGAAGACCUCAAGUUCUCCCGGCGGAGGUAUCAUAAUGCCGCAGACGAACGGGAUCGAUGCCGCCAUAGAACUUGCCAAAAGCUCCAAGAACUUAGUCAUUGGCCUUAAUGAAUUAACAUUGAACAGUGAUGUUCAAAAAGCCACAACCGAAGUACCUGAACCAACUCCAACGGGAGAACCUCCCCAAAACCUUCCUGUCCUGGAACCUGGAGACCAUUUACUCAUGAAUUCCAAUGUGGGGAGCGAAGACCCGUCCAAAUUCGACACACAUGAGGUGCACAAGCGAAAUGUAUUAAACAAAAUAACAGACAGAGGGAAAGAUAUUAUUAGUAUCUUGUAUCCCCCUUACGAAGAAGAAAGGAUUGAAAAGAAGUUGGACGACUCAGAACGAAAGAAAGCUGAAAAGUAUGCUUUGUCGACGGUAGAAGUUCUCAGAACAGAUGUGUUGAGGGAAUCGAAAGUCAGCCAACCUACGCCCUUAGCGCAAGUGGUCGAAGGGAGGGUGGUUACCGCCACCACUCUAGAAGAAACAGAAGGUGUUGAAGGAAACUCAAAGCUGUGGAUAGGGAAAGAUUAUACAAAUUUUAUUGUUAAGGAUUUCAGUUAUUUAGAUCUGCCUUUUGUAGACUUAGUGGACAGAAAGUCGACUCCCCGUAUGCCGUGGCACGACGUGGGCGUGGUGGUGCAGGGGCCUUGCGCCAGAGACGUCGCCAGGCACUUCAUCCAGCGAUGGAAUGCCAUCAAGCUGGAGAAAGCUAGACAAAAUUUUAACUAUCCAUACUUGCUGCCGAAAUCGUACACCGACAUCAAACCUCUACAUGAUCUGGACAAACUCCUCGAAUGUGAUUUAACCGAUGUAUCUUGCCAGGUGAUCCGCAGCGUGUCAAGUUGGUCGGCCGGCUUCCUAGACCCGGACACAGUGGAACAAAGUAUUCACGAGGCGUACGUCGAUACCAUCACAAAAGCACAACACUAUGUGUACAUCGAGAACCAGUUCUUCAUCACGCUGUCGAGGACCAGUGUUACUGUGAGGAAUCAGAUAGGCGAGGCCCUGUUCAACCGCAUAAUGCGCGCGCACGUGUCGGGCGCGCGGUUCCGCGUGUUCGUGGUGAUGCCGCUGCUGCCCGCCUUCGAGGGCGAGGUCGGCGCGCCCUCCGGCACCUCGCUGCACGCCGUCACGCACUGGAACUACCAGAGCAUCUGUCGAAGCCGAGAAGCGAUCCUGAGCCGGCUGUACGAGGCGGGCGUGUCGGACCCGUCGGAGUACAUCACGUUCCACGGGCUGCGCACGCACGCGACGCUGGGCGGCGAGCCCGUCACCGAGCUCGUCUACGUGCACUCCAAGCUGCUCAUCGCCGACGACAAGACCGUCAUCUGCGGCAGCGCCAACAUCAACGACAGGUCCAUGGUCGGCAAGAGGGAUUCGGAGAUCGCCGUCAUACUACAGGAUGAGCAAUUCACAGACGGUACCAUGAACGGUGAGACAUUCCCGUGCGGGAAAUUCGCCGGAGGAUUGCGGAAGCGCCUAUUCCGAGAACAUCUCGGUCUGAUGGAAGAGGAUUUGGACAAACUUGGCUUAUCACUCGACGACCCCUGUAGCAAAGAAUUCUAUAGAGGCUUGUGGAAGGCCACAUCAAAAAUGAACACGGAUUUGUAUGAAGAUGUAUUCCAUACAAUACCAACCGACCGAGUCCACACAUUUGCCGAACUGAAGAAGUACCAAGAAGAGCAUCAUGAAUCUCUCUGGCACUCAGACCCGACAUUAGCUAAUCGCAAAAUAGAUCUCAUACAAGGUUACCUAGUUGAUAUGCCAUUAGAAUUCUUAUGCAACGAAGUACUAACACCCAGGACUGUUACUAUGGAAGGUAUGAUGCCCACAUCUCUUUGGACGUGA